AUGUCGACUACAUUUGAAAUCCCCCGCUACGAGCAGGUGCCCGAGACCAAGGAGGACCUUGACUGGGCUGAGCUGGUCACAAUUGACCUGAGCCGCUUCGACCAGCCUGGCGGGAAAGAAGAGCUGGUCCAGAAGCUCGACCACGCCGUCAAGAACGUCGGCUUCUUCUACGUCAAGAACUUCAACAUCUCCCAGGAAGAAGUGGACCGCCAGUUCGCUCUCGGCCGGGAAUUCUACGCCCUCCCACUACAGGAGAAACUCAAGUACCAUUCCGCCGCUGACCUCGAGCGAGGCGAGUACAACGGAUAUCGUCCAGCCGGGCAUCGCAUGCUCGGCAACGGCAUAAAGGACAACAUCCAAGUCUACAACAUCCCCAAAUUCGACGGGCACCACUCGCGCCCCCAACCCGCCAUCCUAGCAGCCCACAUCAACGAGAUCGAAGCCUUCAGCCGCAAAUGCCACACCGAAGUCGUGGAGAAACUCCUCCGCCUCUUCGCACUCCUCCUCGAACUCCCCGACGAAAAUCAGCUCGUGCAUGACCACAAGUACGACGACGAGGGCGAUGACCACCUCCGCUACAUGCACUACGCUGCCCGCGACGCCAGCGAGAAUAAACGCGCCGCCGAGAUCUACACGCCGGGCCACACGGAUCUGGGCUCCGUCACGCUGCUCUUUCGCCAGCCUGUCGCGGCACUGCAGAUCCUUAACAGCGAGGGACAGUGGAAGUGGGUGAAGCCGCAGGACGGGACGAUCACGAUUAACACGUGUGACGCGUUGACGGCGUUGACGGGGGGUCUGAUCAAGUCGAGUAUCCAUCGGGUGCGGACGCCGCCGGCUGACCAGGCGGGUAUUGACCGGUUGGGCGUGCUGUAUUUCGCGCGGCCCAAUAACCAUGUCGUGCUUGAUCCGAUUGCCAACAGCCCUGUGCUGCAGAGGCUGGGACUGACGUCGAAUGUGUUUACGGAGAUGGGGAAGCACUUGACGAUGAAGGAGUGGGUUCAGGUGAGGCAGACGCAGCAGCAGAGGAAGAAGCAGGAGGCCAGGAUCUCGGAUGAUGGGAAGUAUACGUAUAAGCCGAAGGAUAUGGAGAUUAUCCCGGGGUUGUUGGCUAAGGUGUAUAACUAG